AUGGAUUCUCUAUCAUCCAUAGGAGCUCAAACAACUAUCUUCUGUAUGAUCUUCUUAUUCUUGAUCUAUCCUUUUCCUUGUGUUCUAAGCCAGAAAAAUUCAACUAGGUAUUGUGAGGCUCCGUUUCAGUGUGGAAACAUCAGAGUUGCUUACCCUUUCUCCGGUGAGAAUCGACCUGAAUUUUGCGGCGAUCCUUCUCUGCGACUUAGGUGCAACAAAAGCUCAAACACAACCUCUCUUUUCAUCUCAGACCACACCUACACUGUCCUAAAUAUAGACACCAACACUUUUACUCUUAGACUUGCAAGACAAGAUUUCUCAGGUCCUUUCUGCUCAGCUUCAUUCUCCUCCGCACCUUUGCUUCCAGAUCUUUUCCAUAUUCUAAAAUCUUACAAAAGCCUCACCGUGUACUACAUGUGCGACUCCCGUCGCCAGAUCCUUGGGAAUUUCACGUGUCCAACGAAAGGUCUUGGCUCAGUGAUUCAAAGCUCAGAAAAUCGUAAACUUUGCGAUAAGCGUUUUAGCGUCACAGUUCCUACAAGUUUCUUUCCAGAGGAACAAGUCUUGAACUUGACACACUUGGAAACUGCUCUUAGAAAAGGAUUUGAAGUGAAGCUGAAGUUGGAUAAGAUACCUUGUCCAAAAUGUUUAUCUCCUGGUGCAAAUUGCGGUAGGCCUAUCUUCGGAGGAUUUGGUUGCUGCGAGCUGCUACCAGGAUCAGAGCUAACAGGAUCAGAUAUCCACUGCCGUACAACAUAUGCAUCUGACAGCAACAGUCGCUCCAUAGUGAUAGCAACUGGUUCAGUUGCAGGGUCAAUAUUAACUGUAUAUGUGUUGGUACUUCUAGCAUUUUAUUUUAACGAGAGAAGAGUGACAAAGGCUGUGAGAUUUCAGAACCUCGAGGCGCUUGUAACAUUGAGACGGUAUAGUUAUGGAGAAAUCAAGAAGAUUACAAAAUCAUUCACAGAAGUAGUUGGACAAGGAGGUUUUGGAACUGUUUACAAAGGGAAGUUACGCGAUGGCCGUAAGGUUGCAGUGAAGGUCUUGAAGGAUUUUAAGAGCAAUGGUGAAGACUUUAUCAACGAAGUCGCAAGCAUGAGCCAAACAUCUCAUGUUAACAUUGUUUCUUUGCUUGGUUUCUGCUACGAAGGGUCCAAACGAGCCAUUGUCUAUGAGUUUCUAGAGUAUGGGUCUCUAGACCAGUCAUUGAAUCUCGAUGUGAGUACACUAUAUGGAAUCGCGCUAGGUGUUGGUAGGGGACUUGAGUACUUGCACUUUGGCUGCAAAACAAGGAUUGUGCAUUUCGAUAUAAAACCUCAAAAUGUGUUGUUAGAUGACAAUCUGAGACCCAAAGUUUCUGACUUUGGCCUCGCUAAGCUCUGCGAGAAGCAAGAGAGCGCCUUGUCCUUGUUUGACAGGAGAGGAACGAUAGGAUACGUUGCUCCAGAGCUGUUUUCAAGAAUGUAUGGUAACGUGUCUCACAAGUCAGAUGUGUACAGCUACGGAAUGUUGGUUCUUGAGAUGAUCGGAGAAAAGAACAAAAAAAGAGACGCAAAUGCUGAUCCGAACAACAGCUCAGCUUACUUUCCGGACUGGAUCUACAAGGAUCUUGAAAACGGAGACUUUGCAAGUCUUCUUGGCGAUGAACUAACCCUAGAAGAACAAGAGAUUGCCAAAAAGAUGAUCUUGGUGGGCUUGUGGUGUAUUCAGUUACGCCCAUUAGAUCGUCCAUCGAUGAACAAAGUCGUAGAGAUGAUGGAAGGAAGCUUGGAUUCCCUUGAAGCUCCUCCUAAGCCUCUUUUGCAUAUGCCUGUGGAAACUCUUUCUGAAUCAUCUCUACUUACAGGGGAAAGCUCAAGUUACUCGGAAGUAUGA